AUGAUGAAUACAGUAGAUGAAAGAAAGAAAAACACAGGGCGCAAGAAGAUCGAUAUCAAGAAAGUUGAAAAAAAUUCCAACAAGCUAGUGACAUUCUCAAAAAGAAGACAAGGUUUAUUCAAAAAAGCCACAGAACUUUGUGUCUUAUGCGAUGUUAAUAUAGCCAUGAUUGUGUCUUCUCCUGCUGAUAAACUAUUCGCUUUCGGCCAACCCGACACAGACAUAGUCCUCAAGAACUACAUCCAUGGAACCACUGAGUUUGAAGAUCAAGAGUCUGAAAGAAUUUCUUCAAUCUAUGAAGAGUAUAAUAGAGAACAUGAAGAGGCACUAAAGACGUUGGAAUUGGAAAAGAAAAAAUUAGUAGAAACUGAAAAAUCGGCUAGGGUUUCGAAUAGAGGUGAAUGGUGGAAUGAUUCUAUUGAUGAUAUGAAUAGCGAACAGCUUCAACAAUUUAUGAUGUCCAUUUAUGAGUUUAGGAAGAAGCUUGCUGAAAAGGAAUAUGAACAUCCGAAGAUGAUUUCCAUGUAG